AUGCCUCCUACCAUACGGCAGAGACUGUCCAAUCAGUGCGACGCCAAUACUCGAGAGCACGUUUCAUCCCACAACCCACCUAAGAAGCCCAAAGUCGAUCGCUCUUUACUCACAUGGGACGAUCUCCCCUCAUGGUCCCAGGACAACGAAUACAUCCAAACUGGCUUCCGGCCAACCUCGAACUCAUACAUUGAGUCCUUCCUCAGCUGCAUGUACGUGCACAACGAGACCGGCAACAUCUAUAGCCAUCUCCUGGCAACCUUAUGGAUGAUCGGCCUUCCUAUCUUCUACUACCCGUAUGCCAAACGCCAUUAUUCAGAUGCGAACACUGACGACUGGGUCGUCUUUGGCCUCUUCUUUCUCGGCGGAGCUCUUUGUUUCGGCCUGUCGACCGGGUAUCAUAUCCUAUCAAACCAUUCUCAUGCAGUCCAUGAUGUUUACCAUCGCUUGGACCUUCUUGGCAUUAGCGCCGUGACCGCAGGCUGCUUCCCGCCAGGUAUGUGGUACACCUUCCCGUGCUCGGCGAGGAGUACGAAGAUGUUCUGGAUCAGCGCCUUUUAG